CAGGGCCCCUGGAUGCGGGGGCAGGUGGAUGUUCCGGGUGUGGCCGUGGGGCCACCGCGAUGUCAUUGCCUCUGGCUCUUUCUCUCCCUCACAGACUGGGGGAGAAACUACCUCCACGUGACCAGAAACAAGGGAGCGAUGGGCCUCGUUUUCCUCAUCAACGUCAGUGAAGAUGGUGACGUGACGUCCGUGCUCGUGGGCACGGGCCCAGGCUCUGAUCUGACUCCUGAGGACUUUGAGAUUUUCAAAUCCAAGUUAAGAUCGCUGCGCAUGCCACUCAAAAAUAUUAUUAAAGUCACCGAGACCGACACCUGUCCCCGUGAUUAAAGUUAGGUGAUGGGCAUGCCGUCGACGCAGAUUGUUCCAGAAUGCUACCGACACGAAUUGGGAGGAGAGGGGACAGAAGAAAUACAAGGAACAAGCCACUGCUGAAGUUAAUGCUGACACGAGGCCCCGUAGGUCCCCCAGACGCGGAGAGGAGAGCGCUACCCCCGGGAGAUGCUGCAGCACGCCACCCAGCCCUCCGCCUUUGCCGGUUAGCUGCUCCUCCCCGUUCCCCUGACGAUGUCAGUUUUUCUCUGCGUCUGGUCCACUGAGUGCUUUCUGUGCUUGGAAAAUACCAACGUGUAGGCCCAUCGCCUGCUUGAGACAUCACAAGGCUCAUCCACAUCACGAGAAAUGUGCCUUUGCUUUCAAACAGUUAUUAUUUUUCUCAUCCCUGUGAAGCUGUCUCUUUCCUCCCAGUCAUGCUCUUGAAUCGCCCUUGCUCUUGAACCUCGCCUUAAAUUUAAAUAAAGUUACUUAGCUGGCACUCAAACCCAGGCUCCCUGGUGUAGGUUACGCCAGUCUCCCAAGCGGCACCUCACCUGCUCUGCCAAAUGCGUGCCCCAGGAAUGAAGCAUUGAUCCAUGCUGCAGCGUGGAUAAACCUUGACAACAUUCCAGGUGGAAGAAGC